UAAAAACUUUGAAGAUCAAUAAUAUCUAAAAAAGUUAAAUACACGAUUAGGUUUCUAGUUUAUACGAAAUUUAGGAUAAACGAUCGAUUUAAAUGCCCAUAUUUUUUUUGGAGAUAGACCUCACUAAAAGAAAGCGUUUUGCAAAGUUUAAACUUACGGUUCAUUAUAUACAUUUUUUUAAAUUUCAUACAAAUUGGUAAAUAACACGCAAUUACUAAAUAUAUUUGACAAAUAAUUGAUGUCAAACGUCUAUCACUUAGUGUAGUCCGAAAAUUUUGAAAGUAUCGAUACUACUCAGGUAUCGACGAUAAACUUUCCAAUAUGUACCAUCGAUUUAAAUGCCCAUUUUGGCACUGGGGGUUAGGCCUCAAUCCCCUCCCUCCCCCUCCCCCCUAACCUCAAACCUCAAAUAUCGACGUUCCAUAUUGGAAAGUUUAACCGCAAUUUAUUUCUAUCAAUUUAGUUUACGGUUUAAAUUUUGACUUAGCGUGUCGAUGAUUAGCGUCGGCCUGUGUCGUAGUUUGAUUUUCAGAAUAGUUUGCAGAAUGUUUUCUAUCAAAUACGAGGAGGCUGUUCAUAAACUGAACUCAUUACAAUCCAAUAAAGCAACUAUUGCACAAAUUCGCAAGGAUAUAAAAACUGGUCAAAAAUGUACAAACUUAAAAGACAUGGAAAACUAUCUUAUGAGAACGGGAAUUUCAUUGAAUACACUUGAUAAAUUAUCUGUGGUACAUGUGGCUGGCACUAAAGGAAAGGGUUCAACUAGUGCAAUGUGUGAAUCAAUAUUACGGGCACACGGUUUUCGUACCGGUUUCUACUCAUCACCUCAUCUAGUAGCAGUACGAGAACGAAUCAGAUUGUUUGGAAUACCACUUUCUGAAGAGGCAUUUGCAAGGCACUUUCAUAAAGUGUAUGAUUCUCUAUAUAAAACACAGGCUUAUGAUGGUGACAUGCCGAAAUACUUCGCUUUCCUUACAGUGAUGGCGUUCAAUGUAUUUCUUGAAGAGGAAGUAGAUGUCGCGGUUGUGGAGGUUGGCAUCGGAGGAAUCGAUGACUAUACUAAUAUUUUAAGAAAAGUUCCAGUUAUUGGCAUAACAGCACUGGGGUUAGAUCACACUGCCAUACUGGGUACGACACUACCAGAAAUAGCAUUGGCUAAAGCCGGUGUUAUGAAACCGGGAUGUUUAGCUUACACGGUACAUCAAGAAACUGAUGCUAUGGAUGUACUGAGACGAAAAGCUAUUGAAUUUCAAUGUCCUCUUACAACAGUUCCCAAUUAUAGUACAUAUGCAUUUCAAAAUGGACUUCGUCUAUCAAUAGAAUUAGAAGCUUAUAGAAUGAAUGCAUCAUUAUCUAUUCAACUAGCUCAUGCAUGGAUGGGAAUAAAAACUAAAGAUAAAAAUAAUAUAGAUAACACAAUUCAAAAUACAGAUUUAUUAAUCAGUAGCUUGUCAAAGGAAACUGUGAUAGGCUUGCGGGAUUGCAAGUGGCCUGGGAGGUACCAGAUUAUUGAAACAAAUUAUGGUUGUGUAUAUCUUGAUGGGGCUCAUACAAAAGAAUCCAUGGAAAUAUGUGCUAAAUGGUUUGCGGAAAACUGCAGGUAUAUUAUAUUCUAUGAAUGUGACAAAGCUGUAGUACUAUCUAUAUAGAAUGACAUACUUUAUCGCCUUUAUCUUUUGUGUGUUUCCAUACCAAAACAAAUCAAUAU